AUGUUCGUGAUUACCAGCGGUCGUCAGGCAGAAAUGCAAGGAUAUGCCACAUUUUCUUCUGAGCCACGCGGCCUCAUUAAGAAACUGGGGGCACAAUAUAACCAACAUGUAAAUACUUGCUUGCUAAUUUGCUAUGCAAACCGAGUAGAAAAAAGGAGAGCAGCUCUUGAAAGGUAUCCUCAAAGAACAGUAAAGUAUCCAACUUUACUACAGGAUCCUGAUUUAAGGCAGUUCUUAGAAAGUUCGGAGCUGCCUAGAGCAGUUAAUACACAGGCUCUGAGUGGAGCAGGAAUAUUGAGGAUGGUGAACAAGGCUGCCGACGCUGUCAACAAAAUGACAAUCAAGAUGAAUGAAUCGGAUGCAUGGUUUGAAGAAAAGCAGCAGCAAUUUGAAAAUCUGGAUCAGCAACUUAGGAAACUUCAUGCCAGUGUUGAAGCCUUGGUCUGUCAUAGAAAAGAACUUUCAGCCAACACAGCUGCCUUUGCUAAAAGUGCUGCCAUGUUAGGUAAUUCUGAAGAUCAUACUGCUCUAUCUAGAGCUUUGUCUCAGCUUGCAGAGGUUGAGGAGAAGAUAGACCAGUUACAUCAAGAACAAGCUUUUGCUGACUUUUAUAUGUUUUCAGAACUACUUAGUGACUACAUUCGUCUUAUUGCUGCAGUGAAAGGUGUAUUUGACCAUCGAGUGAAAUGCUGGCAGAAAUGGGAAGAUGCCCAAAUUACUUUGCUCAAAAAACGUGAAACUGAAGCAAAAAUGAUGGUUGCUAACAAACCAGAUAAAAUACAGCAACCUAAAAAUGAAAUAAGAGAGUGGGAGGCAAAAGUACAACAAGGAGAAAGAGAUUUUGAACAGAUCUCUGAAACAAUUCGAAAAGAAGUAGGAAGAUUUGAGAAAGAACGAGUGAAAGAUUUUAAAACUGUUAUUAUCAAGUACUUAGAAUCAUUAGUACAAACACAACAACAGCUGAUAAAAUACUGGGAGGCAUUCCUACCUGAGGCCAAAGCCAUUGCCUAGCAAGAAGAUUAUUCCUGUUAAGAAGAUCUUGGAUGCUUGUUCCAGUUAUGCAGAAUUCCAUAGUGAAAUCAUUAAAAACCAUCUAAAUA